GAAGCUGCUCUAUGCAGACAACUUCCCAUGGACUCAGAAAGCAUGGCCCCAGUUCAGACAGCUGUGAAUACACCUGCCAUGACACAAGACAUGAGGCCUAUUACAAAUAAUGGAUCAGACCCUUUCUUGAACAGCGGGCCAUACCAUUCCAGGGAACAGAGUACUGACAGUGGCUUGGGAUUAGGAUGCUACAGUAUACCAACGACACCUGAAGAUUUCCUCAGCAACGUAGAUGAGAUGGAUACAGGAGAAACUAUAGCACAGACAACAAUGAACAUAAAUCCACAGCAAACACGUUUCCCCGAUUUCCUCGACUGUCUUCCAGGAACAAAUGUUGAUCUUGGGACUCUAGAGUCAGAAGACUUGAUCCCUAUUCUCAACGACGUGGAGUCAGUACUCAACAAAAAUGAGCCCUUUCUUACCUGGCUGUAAUCUAUUCAGUGCUGACUGGGCCGAAAAUGCAAUUCAGCAUUUCUUUUUCCUCUUGAGAUAGAGGUAGAAUAUCUGAAAAUCCUCAAGAGAUAUGACUUACUGCCUUAAUGACUUUGUUACAUCAUCUUUAUGGUCAGUUUAAUCUCUGCCUGGAUUUGAUUGACACUAAUUUAAAUAUAAAAUACACACAUAUAUACACA